AUGCCUGCACCUGUCAUCAGAGAAUCUGAGGUCGAUGUCCUCAUCAUCGGAGCUGGCCCUGCCGGGUUAAUGGCUGCCAAUGCCCUCGCCAGAGCAGGGACUAACGUUAGAAUUAUUGACAAGAGACCGGCUAUGGUCGCUGCAGGUCAGGCAGACGGUAUAUCCCCACGCACCAUUGAAGUUUUUCAGAGCUACGGGAUAGGUGAACGUCUGUUAAGGGAAGCAUGUCAAGUGCAUAUGGCUGCCUUUUACAAUCCUAACAUGACCGGCGGCAUCGAGCGAACGGGCCGUGCUCCCGACGUAACGGCUCCAACAGCGCGGUAUCCUUUCGAGGUGGCCCUGCAUCAAGGAGGGAUCGAAGCGAUCUUCUUGGAUUCGAUGCACUUGCUGGGCACGGAUGUAGAACGACCCGUAAUACCCACCUCAAUAGAGCUUUCCACUGAUGAAGCCGAGUUGACGGACUCAGCAGCUCAUCCUAUCCGAGUGACUUUGAGGCAUCUGGAUCCAUUGGACGGCAAAGCAGAGACAGAGAUAGUGUGUGCAAAGUUUGUCCUUGGCGCCGAUGGCGCCCACUCUUGGGUUCGCAAAAUGUUUGAUAUCACUAUGGAUGGAGAACAAACAGAGUUCAUUUGGGGUGUGCUCGACAUGAUACCGGAAACCAACUUCCCUGAUAUUCGGAAUAAGAGUCUUGUCCACUCAAACAAUGGAUCUUGCCUUGUUGUUCCCCGGGAGAAAGACAAAAUACGCAUAUACAUGCAAUUAUCGGACAAAGAUGUUUUAGAUCCAAGUACAGGCCGAGUUGACAAGGACCGGAUGGGUCCUGAGCAAUUGUUGCAGGUCGCACAGAAGUCACUCCACCCUUACAAACUGGCUCCAGUUGAUGAAAUUGACUGGUGGACGCUAUAUAUUAUUGGUCAGCGUGUGGCGUCUAGGUUUUCUGUUAAAGAGCGAGUAUUCAUCGCUGGGGAUGCUUGUCAUACGCACUCUCCUAAAGCGGGCCAGGGCAUGAAUGCUAGCAUGAAUGAUGCUCACAAUCUUGUAUGGAAACUUACACAAGUGCUGAGAGGCUGGGCGGAUAUGUCGCUGUUAAAAACAUAUGAAUCAGAACGUCGAAAAUAUGCCCAAGAUUUGAUUGCUUUCGACAAAGACUUCUCCACACUCUUUUCGGGCAAACCACAGACUCAUGAAAAUGAAGAUGGCGUUACACACGAGGAAUUCCUAAGAGCGUUCCAGACGUACGGCGGCUUCACCAGUGGCAUAGGAGUACACUAUAGCAAUUCGGCGAUUGUUAACAACGCUCAUCAGUCAUACGCCAGCAAUCUCAUCAUCGGCGAACGAGUACCGCCCAGGGUUUUCGUACGAGCUGCUGAUGCUUGGCCAUAUGAACUACAGGAUCUGCUUCCGUCGGACUCACGCUUUAAAGUCAUUGUAUUCACGGGUAACUACAAUGAUACGGCUCAGCGUGGAAACGUGGAUGCACUCGCGAAGGAACUGGAAAAACCAGAAAGGUUCUUGAAGGUUUACGUACCAGGAGGAAAGGAGUCGAUGUUUGACAUUAUCACGAUUAGUCAAGGAAAGAAGGAAGAGGUGGACUAUCUUGAGUUCCCCGAUGUGCUCAGGCCCCAUUGGUCAAAGGUUCUUAUUGACGACACCGAUGUCACAGGGAACAUUGGUGGCCAGGGAUAUUCAUAUUACGGUGUUGGACCCGAGGGUGCACUGGUUGUUGUCCGCCCUGAUGGUUAUGUCGGUAUGGUUGCCCCGCUACAGAAAGUUAACGACAUCGACACCUAUUUUGCGUCUUUUCUGCGGCCGAGCUUGUAGGCUAUCACCUUGGAGAUAGUUAUCUUAUUGUGAGAUUUAGUGAACCCAUAACUUAUAGGAUCUGGGCUUCUUCGCGUGGCUCGGUAUGAAGUUGGAGUACAGGGGUACAGCGUACAAUAUUGAUUGCUUCUUGACUCUUCAAGGCGGUAAUGCACUAGACAAAUUGGAUCUCAGGCAGUUUUAUCAAGUGCACGGCUACUAAGUAUCGUUGUAACAAGAAUUGAUGGCAGUAGGGACGUAAAGUUGUGCAGGUAGGAGAAGUCAGGUGCGAGCCAUUUUAGUCUGUGAUGGAUCAUCAUGGAUGAGUGGCAUCAAAUUAUACUUUGAAUUA